GAUCUUCACGCUCAACUUGAUUCGCCGGACGCUGUCGGAGAUCGGCGGGGCGUCAACCUACAGGACCGUCUCGGCUACCCGAUUCUCCGGUUUGACAACGAGAGUGAGGAGGUGAUAUGGAUGCAGAGACGUGGAAAGCCGUCGGCUACACCGGAUGAACCAAUGGAGACGAGGCGGCGUCGAACCGAGGCAUGGAGAGCUGAAGUGGCAGCGAGAUGGCAUGAACUUAGAGGGGCCAGCGAGCGGGCGCGGGCGUACCGGCGCCUCUUUGCCUGCAUUGUGCAGGACCACGGCCCGUCUGCACUUCUCUUUGCGGAGCAGCUCAUGAAUCCGGUCUGGGAGAUGCAGUUUCCCUCGCUAUGGUUGCUUCGCCAGCCUAGACCCUCCUCAGUGGAAGCUGAACCUGGCCAGGUUGACCCUCACCCUGCAGCAGGGGUCGGCGAUAUUGCCCCACCGGCCCACUGGCACUUCGUUCUUCCUCUUGACUUUAGUGUGGAUCCUGGUGCUGCCAGCUCUGCUGCUGGACCUUCCGCUUUGCCGGAGGGAGAGGACAGCAUGUUGCUGAGAAGCGAUGUAGAGACGGGUGAGGACGGGGUGGUGCCCGCCGUGGUGCCCUCCGCUGACGUGGUCGCGGGGCCUGGGGAUGUUGGGAGUCUCAUGGAUGUGGCCAUCGGAGUUGCGAACCCGUCUGGCUUCCGUAUGGAUGAAGAGGGUGACGAAUGUACACUGAUGGAUAGAGGUCGCAGAGAGAGGCAGGCUGGUGGGGCGAGCAGGGAAGCUGGUAGAGAUUCUCGGCGUCCUGCACGUUCAGUUUGGGACCCGGCGGACCCAUCAAAUUCGAGCUUGCUGCGGACGGAAGCUCCGGUGAAUGUUGACUUCACAGUGUUUCCAAGGGCUCCUCGAACAACGGACCAGGGACUGGAGGUGUGGCGACACUUACUAGGGAUUGCCUCGUUUGGGAACCCCUCCAGCCCGCCGGUGGCAAGAGGAGGCCCCUUCAUACCGGAUGAUCGAGCGGAGUACAUGCACGAGGUCCUUGGUGGCUUCAACACGCAGGAGCAGGCCUUCAUGACAUUGGCUUUGAUUACGGCCAUUCGAGCCCUCCUUACUGAACUGGGGCAAAUCCUACAUGCUGCUUCCAUGGUGGAUGUCUUGGUGGAAGACCAUGGGCAUGAUGAGGACGAGGACAGUACUCUCAUGCUGCAGAUUUGGUCUGAAGUCGCAGAAGAAGGGCAGCUUAUUGGGGAUGACAGCAGCUUUGUUCAGAAGGAGGUGAUUCCGGCCUCCGGCAUUGUCCAGCGACUUCAAAGAGCUCUUGAAGAAUGUCAACCUGGGGUUGCGAGGCUCAGAGCUGCUAGCUUACGAGUACGGGUGGGAGAGGGUAGAGGUGCGAUGUGUGGUGACCUGGGGCAAGAACUCCUCAAUCAUGUGGACGCUCUCUGUGUUGCGACCAGCUCCUCGGUUGGGAAUGAAAUUGCGGAGGGCUUUGCAGCGAAGCCUGAGGAGGUCGAGGAAUGGACAUGGCACUGGUGGCAGGCUCUCCUACGUGUUGGUGGGCCAAGGGCAUCUGCAGGAAUGGCUUCGUCUUCGUCAGUCCCGCCUCUGACUCUCAUGUCCACCCCAACACAGGGUGAUGAAGUCGAUAGUGCGGAGGUCAAUGAGAUGGCGGAGGAUGAGCGUGUGGCCAGGGGUCAACGGGAGGAAGAGGAGGAGCAUGUGAACCGCUUUCUCCGUGAAGAGGCAGAGUAUAUGGAAGGGGUCACUGCACUUCUUGAGCCGGUGGAACAUGACACAGCAAAAGCGCGAAGGUGUCAAGCCUGGGAUGACUGGGCUAUGUUUAAUGCCAUGAAUGCUCCGCCUGUUGUACCUCGAAAACGAAAAUAUGUGGAAAUGUCUUCGGUGGCUGAAGCAGGGUCUGGGGGUGCAGCAGCGAGUUCGUCUACUGUGAGGCUGUGGGUUCCCAGUCAUGGUGAUCUUCACUUGGUGCUUCGGACGGGCAUGGAGACGGACGUUGUGGACGUGGACAGCGAGGCCGACACGGUCAAGGUGCAGCAACCUGAGGAGGGCAGGCGCGACGAUGAGUGCCCAGGGCCGCUUGUCUUCGCCGAGCAGCCUGUGGGUGAAGGUGUCCCGAUGGAGUUUGAGGACUUCCAGCGCUUGUUUGACCAAUGGAAGCAGGGGGUCAUCUCCAAUAUGCAAGUUCAACAGCAGUUUGGGGCGCAUACUCUGGACCUGCUGCAGACACAGAUGGCUGUCCUGAACCACGAUGGGGACACAUGCCCUUGGGAAGGCCCUGCACCCUUGACUACCACGACUGAAACGAUCCUGGACGCUUUGGUGAACUCGGGCUCUGGCCGAGCGGGAGCAGGGUGUGGGCAGGAGCUGCAGUUGGCGGCGGACUCCAGUGGUCGGGAGGGUCGAGAGGGUGAUGUGCCGGGAGGUGCUCUGGACGACAAAUCGGCUGCUCGUUCUGGGGAGACGGAUGAAGAGGAGGAGGAAUGGAGACAGCUGUGCAUGGCUGGGGGAAGUGGUAUGGGGGCUCGUGAUGAUACGGAAGACGAAGACGAAGAUGAUGGCUUCGACAUGGAGGAGGAUCAAGGUGAGUCGCAAGGAGGCAACAGAAGGUGGCAUCGGGCUCGGUCCAACAGGGAUAGAAGCGACUGA